AUGGUCCUUUUAGAUAAUUUUGUUCCAAAUGAACUUAUAAACAUUGAAGAUGAUGAACUUUAUAACUUAGAUGUCCAAAGUAUUGAUCAUCCAGCAGCGAGUUCUGAAUUAUGGUGUAGUUGGAUAUUGAAUGGUAUAAAAUAUGGUAACAACUGGAGAGACUUUUGUAGUGGUAUUAGCAGUACUGACAUUUGUCA